AGUCGUUUCGUUUUCUGCUCCACAACGAGAAACGCAUAGAGCACUCGGAUGUUUACUUUUCGUCCAGCUUCUUGUUUUGCCCUUGUGGUGGCAAUAUAAUUUCAUAAUUUUUGGCAUUAAACCUGUCCAACUACAACUGCUUGCCUGUUCCUUGGAGGUCAUGAUGUAUUAAAGAGUUUAGCUGGCUGUGAAUCCCAGUAUACGACAGGAGUCACACUGGGUGUAACAGUACAGUACUUUAUUUAGUUUAUUUUAUUUCUUUAUUAGGCAACUAUAAUCUAAUUACAAUUAUUUGAUGAUGUUUCUCGGUUAUAUUGUAAAAAGCCACAGAACUGUUUUGUACCGCCUAUUUUUAGAAACAACAAAAACAAACAAAAAAAAAAACGGCCGGAGAGGCGUACUUUUUCAGUCCUCUCGCGAGAUUUUGUCCAAGUGGCGGUGCUUCACAAUCCCUCCAAAAACCUCUUCACCUCCAUUAAAAAGUACCCGGGAAAGUUGUUUUGUUGCCACUUUUGCGCUGCAAUUGUCAACGCUGCUGUCCACAAAAUGCCAGCCACUUCAGAUAUACACACCGGGCCGAUACACGCGCAGGACGACGGUAAGAAGACAGAAGUGAGUCCGGCUGCAGAGAAGAAACAUUUUGGUGUUUUCUGCGAUGAAUGGGGGUACCUGGCCCAGAUUGAGUACAUCAUGCAGCACGGCUGCAGGAAGGGGGACCGAACCGGGACUGGAGUCAUCUCUGUGUUCGGUGCUCAGGCCAGAUACAGUCUGAGAGACCAGUUUCCUUUGCUAACAACCAAGAGGGUGUUUUGGAAAGGGAUCCUUGAAGAGCUGCUGUGGUUUAUUAAGGGAUCGACAAAUGCCAAGGAGCUCUCGGAGAAAGGGGUGAAGAUUUGGGAGGCCAACGGGUCCCGGGAGUUCCUGGACAAUCUCGGGUUCACAGACAGAGAGGAGGGCGACCUGGGACCUGUGUAUGGUUUCCAGUGGAGGCACUUUGGUGCAGAAUACACAAACAUGCAUGCAGAUUACACAGGACAAGGUGUUGACCAGCUGCAGAAAGUCAUCGACACCAUCAAAAAGAAUCCAGAGGACAGGCGCAUCAUCAUGUGCGCUUGGAACGUCAAAGACCUGCCCCAAAUGGCUCUGCCCCCCUGCCACGCCCUCUGCCAGUUCAGCGUGUGUGAUGGCGAGCUGUCGUGUCAGCUGUACCAGCGCUCAGGCGAUAUGGGUCUGGGAGUGCCUUUCAAUAUCGCCAGCUACGCACUUCUUACCUACAUGAUCGCCCACAUCACAGGACUCAAGACUGGCGACUUCGUUCACACCCUGGGUGAUGCUCACAUCUACGUCAACCACAUUGAACCUCUCAAAGUGCAGCUCCAGAGGGAGAUCCGCCCCUUCCCCAAGCUGAAGAUCCUGAGAAAGGUGGAGAGUAUCGAUGAUUUCCGUGCAGAGGACUUUGAGAUUAUUGACUACAACCCCCAUCCCACCAUCAAGAUGCAGAUGGCAGUGUAACAACCCCAAUCUAAAAGGCAAUUAGGGAUGAAUGUGGUGCAUAGUGUUUGAGGGAAAAGUUCAUUUAUCAAUUAGUUCAAUUAUCACAUUGUUCUUUAUUUAUAGUAUCGGUUCGACUUUCUCUUUUAUUACCAAGAUCAUACAUACAUUUUUAAACUUUAUCUAAAUCACAAUUUUUUUUUGUGUGUGUGAUUUUUGGUGAACUAAACCUUUUAUAUCAUUUAGUUACAGAAGUUGUGUUACCUUUUCUUUUUUUCUUUUUCUUUUUCUUACUGGUGUGAAAAACAAAUCUACACUUUUCUACAAUUUUCUAUAGCAGAACUGCUGGUGUUCUUUUAACCUGGUUUAUUUUAAAAUAAAGGAUUUAUUUCUAUAAAUAAAAAGUUAAAUUUG